GACCGACCGCGAUCAAUCUAGUCGCGCGACGUCGCGAAAGGCCAGAGGAUGCUCCCGCCCUUCCAGUCCGCUCGGCGCACGAUAGCUCCGGUCUGCGAUUAGGCUCAUCGUUGGGAUUUUGUAAUCGACAUUGUACACGGGGCGCGUGCAUAAAACGCGCGGCAAACGGUAUCGCGCGCGAACAACGUAGCAUCGAAGGAGCUGUCGGGUCUCACGCAAUUUAAUUGUGCGAGGCGUCGGCGGUAAACGUUGUUAGACAUUGUUGAUUCUGUUUUUGCAGCCGCAUAAAUAGCUAAAGAUUACCCCGGCGCGGCUUUAGUGGCGUUAAGAAGGAUUAAGACUUGUCUACGGCGCGCGAAUUCCCCUGCGCACGUACAUCAGUGAUCCUCUGUGAUUCCGGGUUAAACCCUAAGAGCAAUAACGAAGCAAUCAUAAAGUGCAUUAAGGAGAGCAGCGUUAUUCUGCUGCGACGAGAAUCGUUUCAUUUCCUCAGGGAGAAUCGAAGAAGCGUAUUCAGAAGGAAUUUUGGGAAACUACUGGCCCCUGCAGGCUGCUGUUUUCUUGGAGAGGAAAAUCAUAAAGAUGCGGUAUAAAUAAAUAAGAGAGACGACAAAAUGUAGCGAGGAUAUACUGUAAAUGUUUUCGCACGACAAUCAUUGGCGAGCAAUUGCGAGCGGUGCCUGCGCGAGCAGGAAUUUUGUCACGAACGCAAGUUACGUUUCAAUGAAAACAGUAGAUCUUGUUGCGGUUGCGUCGCUGUAUCGUCUGGCACGUAUUUGAGAAGAAUGAAAUAACAUCCUUUUGCCGAGGUGAGACUAACAGCAGCGUUGCUCGUUGAAUCGUUGAAAAGGCAAGUGGACGAAAAGGAAGGACCUCGGCGAUUACGGUAACGAGCAACGAACGGUGAGGGAAAGAAAGCGUCAACGCGCCGGGUUGAAAGGCGAUACGAGAAAUACGUUUUGCGACGUGGCUUAAGUAACGAUUGUCCACGUGCGGAGCGGAGAAGGAGAGACAUUUUUCGAAUGGAAAGGAGACUCGAGGGAGUCGCGGAACGGAAUUUCAUUAGCGUAUUAGUCCGAAUAAAUGCUCGAAGGAUUUCCUUAGGUAAGAUCGAUCGCGGGGUCCCAGAAGUCUGCUCGCAUUCGUUAUCCAUCUUGCGGGGACCAGAACGAGGAGAUUUCCGAAUCUCUAACCCUCCCGUCUACCUCUCCCCAACCCUCUCCCCAACUUUCUCUCGCUGUCCUUCUCUUUCCUCUCGCCUGCGGUGCAUAUCGAAAUUCUCCUCUCCGAGGCCCGACAAGCUUCAGUGGUUGAUGUCAUAUCGUGGACAUUAUGCAUGACCCGGCCAUCGAGCACCCGCAUCUGACGUCCACGAUAGUUUCACGUCUCGCGAAAGUAACAGCUUUGGCAAAGGCUGGUGAGCCCGAGGGUUAGGGUUUAUCCUGUCAGGUUGAGUGGAACCAACGAGAGAGAAGCGCGGUGAUCCGCGAGACUUAUGGAAAGACUUUUCUAUCCGAGUCGGCACGAAUUUGGUGGGAUCGCAUGAUAGAGAGCGAUGAGAGCACGAACGUGGCAAAGGCGAGGACAAUUCACUCUGUCGGCUGAUCGGAAACUCGUAUCAUUCCUCGAAAUCGAUCGAGAGCUUUAACGAAUGCUCCGGAGAACGGCGUUCAACGAUGACAAACACGGAGGCGUACGCUGCGUUACGUUUCAGACGCGAUCAGCAAUUCCGGCGACGACGACCAGGUCGGAUAAUCCUUUCGACGAUAUCCGUGCCGUGAGGGAACAGCCUCUCGCGAGAGAAAAGGUGGUAGGAUCGCGACGGGCUGAAUAUCUCACUUUUUCUCCCGUAGCGACAGCGACGAAAAUCCUGAUUUGAUAGGACGUGCAAGACAAAUCCUACUGUCGUGCCGUUGUCCCGCAAUGAAUUCUGGCAAUCCACGAGGGAGCGACGUGUUGCGAAGAUCGGACUAUUAAAUUUCCGAUAGUGCUACGCGCGACGUUUCACAGCCCAAGACGAUCGUUGUCGUGUGAGCGCGGAUUUCGGAGACCAUGGACAAGCCGCGUGCUCGGACGAUCGUCCGGCAGACAAGGAGCCGCUCAUCGACCACAACCGGGAAGUUGGUGCCGGGAUGCUGCACGCCGUUAUGCUAGGUAGCGGUCCAGGACGGGGGAGACGCGAGUGGUAUCCAGGAUUUUAUCUCCAACGUCGCCGUCUUGGCUGUAGGAUGAAUCGCGGCGAACAGGAGACUCUCUUCCGGCAAAGCCGACAGAUCACGCGGAUUGUACCUUCCCGCGAGGAUCUCGUUCUGAGUGUCCUCAAGUCGCCGAUCAAUCAGCAGCAGCAGCAACAGCAACGACAGCAGCAGUAUCGACAUCCGUAUCAGUCGCACACCCACGGUCACUUUAACUGCCAAGGUCAUCCAAAUAAUAAGAAGUGCAGUCAUUCAGGUACAAGACUGCAGCCGUUAUCCUCCCUAAUCCUCGUGUUCGUUUUUACAUGGUUAUCGCGCGAGCCCUAAGUAACCUCGCGAACGAGCGUGACGUGGAUAACCGAUGUACUGGGUCACGUUGCAUUUGUUGCACGUCACGGAAUAUUUAUACCGCGGUUUCUCCCUCGUUUCGUCAACGUGUUCUAACGAGUCGACCGCGAUUACCUCAACUUCUCUUUCUGUUCAAUUCAGUUUUGCGACCCGCAAACAAAUAAGCAGUCGGUUAACAUAUAAGUUUCGAGUUAAUAGAAUACAGAAUAAUUGCCAAACUUACGUAGAUUGGCUAUGAAUCAGAGUUUCCAAUCUUUUCUUUCUCGUUAAAAGGAAAACCGAAAGUUUCAAUUUCGUGUAACAUGAGCGUUUAUGCUAUAUUUAUGUAACUUUUUUGUGCACUUUCUAUCACAUAUUGCGGUAUUUUACCGUUUAACGGGGCAAUUUGAGAGUCGUAUAAAAUCGUAUUAAUUAAAAAUCGUAUGUCUUUCAGAGGCUUUCCGCCAAAGGGAACUCGCACGCAUUUGGCGCUGUUAAUGUAUGCAUUCUUCUUAAUUAAUGGAAAUGUCGCACGUAACAAUAUGAACGAAACGUUUGUUGCAUUUAAAAUAAAUUUUACCUCGUGUGUAAAAUGAGAAAGAAACGCGAGUGAAGUGACGGUGACGACACUCGCAUGCAACACGUAUGCAUAUAUUUUUGCGUGUGACGGACGAAUAUUAGAUAUCCCUUUCGGACGGGAGCGAAAAUUCGUAUAACUCAUGAAUUCGCGCGGCUUAACAGAGAGGCAGAAUUGCGAAGCCUGAUUUCUGCUCAAUCAGAGAGAGAGAGAGAGAGAGGGAGUGUGUCUUUUCGCUCGAUACUCGAGGCUCGAACCGCGACACGGUUGGAUCCGUUCAUAUGACGGAGUUUUAAUGUCUCAUCGUCUGAGAGCAAGAGAGAAACGACGAAGGAGGUGGAGGCUUUUAUAAAUAGAGCUCUGCGGACAAUUCACUCGCGUUAAUGUACAAGCGUGCGAGUCGGAUUUGUGGUUUCCAUUGUUCCGCCUUCCCGAUAAUUCCGCUCUCCUGCAUCCUGUCGUACACAGGAUAGAUAUUAUGUUAUAAUGCUACUCCGUUGCGCGGCGAUAUUUUGCGUGUGAUGAUCAUUAAUUUUUCUCAAUGUGUGGAAUUUUCAACAAUUUUCACGGCCGAAAAUAAUCCAAGAUAUUUUAAUACAGUAAAACCUCGCGUAGAAAUAAAUUCGCGACUGGCUGUUUUUGUCGAGAGAUAAAGUCGACCGUUUAUUCAGGACUGAA